AUGGAGAUCGCCAAGAACGGCAUUGCGAGCGGCAGCGUCCGCGACCUGCCGCCAUCGAAGCGAUUCAGGCACGUCGGCUCCCACCUCGGAUCGACUCCCAGCGUGCUGCUGCCGGCCAAGAAGCGCGUGUUGCCGCCGCCGCAGCCACAGCCGCCGGAGGAGGCCGCCGUCUCUGUUUGCCUCCCGGUGAAGAAGAGAGCCAUCGUGGCGCCGCGGGUGGAGGUGGCGGACGCCCCGUUCUGCCUCCCGGCGAAGAAACGAGCCAUCCUGGCGGCGCCGCCAGAGGACGCGGCGCCCGCGUGCCUCCCCGCCAAGAAGCGCGCCUGCGCGGCGCCGGCGGAUGCGGCCGUGCCGGCGUGCGUUCCGGCCAAGAAGCGCCCGUGCGCUCCGCCGCCCGUGCCGCCCGGUGCGGUCGUCUCGGCCAAGAAGCGCGUCCACACGCCCGCGCCUCGGGGCGACGCCGCCGGUUCUGUUCCGGCGUGCCUACCAGCCAACAGGCACGCUUGCGCCGCGCCGCCGGUGGACACGGUCGCUUCGGCCUGCGUCUCGGCUAAGAAGCGCGCCAACUCGCCAGCUCGUCGGGAGGACGCCGCGCGUUCUGCCCCGGUAUGCCUGCCGGUCAACAAGCGCGUGAUGCCGCCGUUUGUUCCGCCUCCAUCCGUGCAGUCAGAUGGUGCUCGGGUAGUCGCCGCCAAAGAAGCCAGGCCUCAAGGAUCCAGUAAGCACGGCGGCGGCGGCGGCGUUGCCAUCAAUUCUAGAGUGGCAAGUGGCACCGAAGAACGCGCUAGAGGCGAAGAGUUCAAGAAACCUGAGAAGCCCAUCAAUCAAAAGGGAAUCAAGGAGCAGGUGUCCAUGAAACCAAGGUCUCCACCGCGUAAAGGUAAAGGUCUGGAGAAACCCUGCAAGACCGUCGAUGGCGAGCAGUCUGAAGCUGUGGUUGAAGUGCGCAAGAAAUCCGACGCAGCGCCUGAUGAGAAGGGAGCAUCACCCAAAGAAGAGCCGAGGAAUGGAGCUGAUGAAGUGGCGGCGCAAGAGCAAGAGCAAGAGCCCGUGGAGGACGAUGACGGCGUGCGUUGCGCCGUGUGCGCGAGCACCGACGGCGACCCGUCGGACCCCAUCGUGUUCUGCGACGGGUGCGACCUCAUGGUACACGCGUCCUGCUACGGUAACCCGCUCGCGCAGGCCAUCCCCGACGGCGACUGGUUCUGCUCGCUCUGCAUCGCCAAGAAGAGCAAGCCGGCGGUGCGCCGGCGGAGCUGCUGCCUCUGCCCGGCCAGCGGCGGCGCGAUGAAGCGCACGACGGAGGGGAAGUGGGCGCACAUCUCGUGCGCGCUGCUCGUGCCGGAGGUGUUCUUCCGGGACCCCGACGGCCGCGAUGGCAUCGACUGCUCCCGCGUCCCCGCCCACCGGUUCGCCAAGGAUUGCUACAUCUGCGAGGGCAACAAAGGGUGCGCCCUCGAGUGCUCCCAGCCCAAGUGCGGCCUCGGCUUCCACGUCUCGUGCGGCCUCGGCGCCGGCCUCUGCAUCGAGUACCAGGAAGGGAAGGGCUGCGCCAUCGUCGCCGGCUUCUGCAGAGAGCACACCGAGCUAUGGGAGAAGCAACAAGUGACAGGCAAGUACAAGAUUGUGGCGAGAGGACAAGAAUGA